AGCUAACCUGACAAGAUACUGUACACUUGAAAAAAAAAAAAGCCCACGGUUCGCAAAACCUUCACCGGAAAUACUGAAACCACUAUUGACGGCGCUAACACACUUUUCCAAUUUUAUUAUAUAAAUAUAAACACUUCGUGUUUAAUUGGACGCACUUUGCACAAGGGAGCUCAAGCAAAACCAUUCAAAGUACCAACUGCAUGAAAAGACACUCACACCCAGUCUGUCAGGAAGAGAUCAACACUAAGCCACCGCGUACUCUCUAAGAAGUUGCUACAGAAUGAAGAGGAAGACAACCGCGAACUCAACGAAGACUCUGUGAUAGUUUUCACUUUCUUUCGGUUAUUUUAACGCUCAAAAUAUCGAAAAUGUCGGAUUCAAUGUCUAGUUUUUUGCAUAUAGGGGAUAUCGUGUCCCUGUAUGCAGAGGGCACUGUCAACGGGUUUAUCAGCACACUGGGGUUGGUGGACGAUCGCUGUGUGGUGGAACCUGCUGCUGGAGACCUGGACAACCCCCCUAAGAAGUUCCGAGACUGCCUCUUCAAGGUGUACCCCAUGAACCGAUACUCGGCACAGAAGCAGUUCUGGAAAGCCAAGCAGGCCAAGCAUGAGAAGGACAAGAUCGCAGAUGUGGUUCUUCUGCAGAAACUGCAGCAUGCUGCAAACUUGGAACAGAAGCAGAACGAGACGGAGAACAGGAAGGUGCACGGAGAUGUGGUGAAGUAUGGAAGCGUCAUCCAGCUACUGCACAUGAAGAGCAAUAAGUACCUGACGGUGAACAAGCGUCUGCCGGCGCUGCUGGAGAAGAACGCCAUGCGGGUGACGCUUGACAGCACGGGCAACGAGGGCUCCUGGCUCUUCAUCCAGCCCUUCUGGAAGCUGCGUGCCAACGGAGACAACGUGGUAGUGGGGGAUAAGGUGAUACUGAACCCAGUGAAUGCAGGCCAGCCCCUACAUGCCAGUAACUAUGAGCUGUCUGAUCAUCCAGGCUGCAAGGAGGUCAACUCUGUGAAUGGCAACACCAGCUGGAAGAUCAACUUGUUUAUGAUGUUCAGUGACCACAGGGAUGAGGUCUUGAAAGGGGGAGAUGUGGUCAGACUGUUCCACGCGGAGCAGGAGAAGUUCCUCACAUGCGACGAGUACAAAGCCAAAUUGCACGUUUUCCUGCGCACCACCCUCCGUCAGUCCGCCACCUCCGCCACCAGCUCCAAUGCAUUGUGGGAAGUCGAGGUGGUGCAUCAUGACCCCUGCAGAGGGGGAGCAGGGCACUGGAACAGCCUGUACCGCUUCAAACACCUGGCCACCGGGCACUACCUGGCUGCUGAGGAAAACCCAGGCUACAAAGGGGAUAGCAUUGAAAUGCAGUCUGUGGUGGACAGUGGGCGGAGCAACAAGAGGAACCUUGGUGAGAGAGUGAAGUACAAGCUGGUGGCUGUUCCUCAUGGCAAUGACAUCGCCUCUCUGUUCGAGCUGGACCCCACCACCCUGCAGAAGACUGACUCUUUUGUUCCCAGGAACUCAUACGUACGCCUCCGUCACCUGUGCACUAACACGUGGAUCCAGAGCACUACAGUACCCAUCGAUAUUGAGGAGGAGCGGCCAAUCAGACUCAUGCUGGGCACCUGCCCUACCAAGGAGGACAAGGAGGCCUUUGCCAUUGUGUCGGUGCCCGUGAUGGAGAUCCGUGACCUGGACUUUGCCAAUGACGCCAGCUUAAUGCUGAGCACUGUGGUGGACCGCUUCAAUGAGGGCUUCAUUAGCCAGAAUGACCGGAGGUUUGCUAUUAAGCUCCUGGAGGACCUGGUGUUCUUUGUGGUGGAUACGCCCAACAGUGGGCAGCCGGUGCUGGAGGUGGUGAUGACCAAGGCCAACCGUGAAAGACAGAAACUCAUGCGCGAGCAGAACAUUCUCAAACAGAUCUUUGGCAUUCUGAAGGCCCCCUUUAAGGAUAAGGGAGGGGAUGGUCCAUUACUGCGGCUGGAGGAACUGUCGGACCAGAAAAAUGCCCCCUACCAGUACAUGUUCCGCCUCUGCUAUCGUGUGCUGCGCCACUCACAGGAGGACUACCGCAAGAACCAGGAGCACAUAGCCAAGCAGUUUGGGUUGAUGCAGUCCCAGAUCGGUUACGACAUCCUGGCGGAGGACACCAUUACUGCUCUGCUCCACAACAACCGCAAACUGCUGGAGAAGCACAUCACCAAGACGGAGGUUGAGACCUUCGUUAACCUGGUGCGGAGGAACCGAGAGCCCAGGUUUCUGGACUACCUGUCCGACCUGUGCGUGUCCAACAACGUGGCCAUACCUGUGACGCAGGAGCUGAUCUGUAAGUGUGUGCUGGACCCCAAGAACGAGGACAUCCUCAUCAAAACAGAACGUCGUGUCCCCAAGGAGGUGCCCCACCCGUCGGAAUACUUGGAGGAGUACGGUGACGAGGAUGAGGUGUGGCUGGUCUGGACCGAUAAGACCAACGAGAGGCAGGAGAAGAGCAUCAGGCAGCUGGCCCAGGAGGCGAGGCAGGGAAACGCCCACGACGAGAAUGUGCUCACCUACUACAGGUACCAGCUGAAGCUGUUUGCUAGGAUGUGCCUGGACCGGCAGUAUCUGGCCAUAGACGAGAUCUCCAAACAGCUGGACGUGGAGCUGAUCUUCCUUUGCAUGAUGGACGAGACGCUGCCCUUUGACCUGCGCGCCUCCUUCUGCAGACUCAUGCUGCAUGCGCACGUCGACCGCGACCCCCAGGAGCUGGUCACGCCCGUAAAAUUUGCCCGCCUCUGGACUGAGAUUCCCACCUCCAUCACCAUCAAAGACUAUGACUCCAACAUGGAUGACUCACGUGACAAUAAGAAGAACAAGUUUGCCAGCACCAUGGUAUUCAUGGAGGAGUACCUUAACAAUGUCCUUAAUGAUGACCUGCCCUUUGCCAACGAGGAGAAGAACAAGCUCACCUACGAGGUGGUGAGUUUGGCCAGGCACCUCAUCUACUUCGGCUUCUACAGCUUCUUUGAGCUGUUGCGUCUCACUCGCACCCUGCUGGGCAUCAUCGACUGCAUCCCCACCACCAUGCCGCACAAUCCGCUGUUCCACGAUGACGGUAACGGUAAGAACAUGAAGCGGUCCAUCCACGGAAUGGGCCAGAUGAUGUCCACCAUGGUUCUGAGCAGGAAGCAGUCCCUGUUCGCGGGUGCCGGCCGGCCCAGCCUGAGCGUGGACGGACAGAUCCGCAGCAAGGACAGCAUCGACAAGCAGGACGUCACGGUCAUGGACACGAAGCUGAAGAUCCUGGAGAUCCUGCAGUUCAUCUUGAACGUGCGCCUGGACUACCGGCUGUCCUUCCUGCUCUCCGUCUUCAAGAAGGAGUUUGUGGAGGUUUACCCCAUGGCUGAUGCUGACGCCACAGCAGCUGUGGAGCAAGCAGCCACCCUCAACCUGCAGCGCAUCGGAGAGCAGGCCGAAGCCAUGUUUGGAGUGGGGAAAGGGAACAGCAUUCUGGAGGUGGAUGAUGAGGGAGGACGCAUGUUUCUGCGUGUGCUGAUCCACCUCACCAUGCAUGACUAUCCUCCUCUGGUCUCCGGUGCUCUGCAGUUACUCUUCAAGCAUUUCAGCCAGAGGCAGGAGGUCCUGCAGACCUUUAAACAGGUCCAACUGCUGAUCUCAGCACAGGAUGUAGACAACUAUAAACUGAUCAAGGCUGACUUGGACCGCUUGCGUACCAUGGUGGAGAAAUCAGAGCUGUGGGUGGAGAAGAAAGGAAUGUCUGGAGGGGGCGAGGGAAAGAAGGACAAGAAAGACAAAGGAGAGGCUGUGUCUGAGGAGCCCACCCCCAAGAAGGAGAAGCCUGAGAAGAGCAACGAGAACUACCAGAGCGUCAAAGAGAUUCUGGAGCGCUUGAAUAAGAUGUGCAGCACAGGCGUGUGGAAGAAACAGCAGCGUCUCCUCAAGAACAUGGGAGCCCACAAAGUGAUGCUGGACCUCCUGCAGGUGUCCUACGACAAGAAUGACACCAAGAUGCAGGAGAUCAUUAAGUUCACCCACCUUUUCCUGCAGAGGUUCUGCACGGGAAACGCAGAAAACCAGGUCCUCUUACACAAGCACCUGAACCUCUUCCUCAACCCAGGGCUCCUGGAGGCUGAGACAAUGCAGCACAUUUUCAGCAAUAACUACCAGCUGUGCACGGAGAUCAGCGAGACGGUGCUGCAGCACUUCAUACACUGCCUGGCCACCCACGGCCGGCACGUGCAGUACCUCAACUUCCUGCACACCAUCAUCAAGGCCGAGGGCAAGUACGUCAAAAAGUGCCAGGACAUGAUCAUGACUGAGCUCACCAACGCUGGCGAGGAUGUGGUGGUCUUCUAUAACGAUAAGUCAUCGUUCGCCACUAUGCUGGAGCUGAUGGCGGAGUCUCGCGAGGGCGUGCAGGAGAAGAGCCCCUUGCGUUACCACAUCUCCCUGGUGGAGCUUCUGGCCGCCUGCGCCGAGGGCAAGAACGUCUACACCGAGAUCAAGUGCACCUCGCUGCUGCCCCUAGAGGACGUAGUGAGAGUGGUCACCCAUGAGGACUGCAUUACUGAGGUGAAAAUUGCCUAUGUGAAUUUUGUGAACCACUGCUAUGUGGACACAGAGGUGGAGAUGAAGGAGAUCUACACCAGCAAUCACAUCUGGAAUUUAUUUGAGGACUUCACUGUGGACAUGGCCAGGGUGUGUAACAAGAGAGAGAAGCGCUUGUCAGACCCAGUGCUGGAGAAGUAUGUCAUCAAUGUGGUACUGGAUACCAUCAAUGCCUUCUUCAGCUCCCCUUUCUCUGAGAACAGCACCUCCCUGCAGACUCACCACACCAUUGUGAUCCAGCUGUUGCAGUCGAGUGUCCGCCUGCUGGACUGCCCUUGGUUGCAGCAGCAGCAUCGCAGCCUGGUGGAGAACUGCAUUCGAACCCUGGCCAUGACCGCAAAGAGCCGCUCAAUCACGCUGCCCAUGGACCUGGACUCCCAGAUCAGCACCAUGCUGAGCACGAGCGCGUUGAGCUCCCUCACCCGCAGUAACCCCAACUACAAGAGUUCCUCCCGCUCCAACCGCCCUGCUGCCCCCAACAACCCCUGGGACUACAAGAACAUCAUUGAGAAACUGCAGGACAUCAUUAACACUCUGGAGGAGCGGCUGAAGCCCCUGGUGAACGCGGAGCUCUCAGUGCUGGUGGACGUCCUGCAGCAGCCCGAGCUGCUCUUCCUGGAGGGAACAGAUGCCCGAGCUCGCUGUGAAUCUGGAGGCUUCAUAUCCAAGCUUAUCCAGCACACCAAGGCCCUGAUGGGGUCAGAGGAGAAGCUCUGUAUCAAGGUUCUCCGGACCCUGCAGAAGAUGCUGAUCCGCACCUUUGACUUUGAUGAGAGGGGCUUUGCACUAAGGAAAGUGCUGCUGCAGAAUUAUCUCUUCAACAAUAAGAAGGGCAGCAGUAAGGCGGAGCUGGCAGAGCUGGGAGGGGCAGACGGGGAGCGGGACUGGGCUGCAGUUGCUGCAGUACAGUGUCGCCUGGACAGGGAAGGGGGCACACGGCUGUUUACGGACCUCAUCAUGAGCACCAAGAACGACAAGAUUUUCCACGAGAGCAUCCAGCUGGCCAUCUGCCUCCUGGAGGGGGGCAACACCGAGAUCCAGAACUCCUUCUACAAGCUGAUGAUGGGUGACAACAAGUCAGAGAAGUUCUUCAAGGUCCUGCACGACCGCAUGAAGAGCGCUCAGCAGGACAUCAAGGCCACAGUGUCAGUCAACGUGGGAGAAAUGAGCAACAAAGCAAAGGACAGCAAGGACCUGGAAACAACAGGUACCCCAGGGCUGGUGCUCCCGCUGUCCGACUCCGCCCGUUUGUCCAGUCUCCCGGAGCAGAGGGAGGUGGAGACGGAGAUGGGCCCUGCUGUGAGCAUCAUGAAGCCCAUCCUGCGGUUUCUGCAGCUGCUGUGCGAGAACCACAACCAGGACCUGCAGAACUUCCUGCGCUGCCAGAACAACAAGACCAACUACAACCUGGUGUGUGAGACGCUGCAGUUCCUGGACAUCAUGUGCGGAAGCACCACAGGGGGGCUGGGUCUCCUGGGCCUCUACAUUAACGAGAGGAACGUGGACCUGAUCACCCAGACCCUGGAGACGCUCACUGAGUACUGCCAGGGACCCUGCCAGGAGAACCAGACUUGCAUUGUGACCCAUGAGUCGAACGGCAUUGACAUCAUCACAGCCCUCAUCCUUAAUGACAUCAGCCCCCUGUGUCGCUAUCGCAUGGAGAUGGUGCUGCAGCUCAAGGAUAAUGCCUCCAAACUGCUGCUGGCCCUGAUGGAGAGCAGACAUGACAGCGAGAAUGCAGAGAGGAUCCUGUUAAACCUUCGACCCCAGGAGCUGGUGGAGGUGAUAAAGAAGGCGUACCUGCAGGAGACGGAGUGUACGGGUGCAGAGGUGUCGCCCCAAGAGGUUGGCCACAACAUCUACAUCCUGGCACUUCAGUUGUCUAGGCACAACAAGGUCCUCCUGCAUCUGCUGAAGCCCCCAAAACGAACUAAGGAUGAGGAGGAGGAGGGCAUCUCUUCCAUGCUGAACCUGAAUAACCGGCCGCUGUCCCAGAUGCUGAAGUCCACGGUGCCGGCCGAGCAGGAAGAGCAGGACCCUCUGGAGUACUACGAGAAGCACACGGCACAGAUCGAGAUCGUGCGGGAGGACCGCAGCAUGGAGCAGAUCGUGUUCCCGGUGCACCCCAUCUGCGAGUUCCUGACGGAGGAGUCCAAGUUCCGUGUGUUCAACACCACGGAGCAGGACGAGCAGGGCAGCAAAGUCACACACUUCUUCCAGCAGACCUCCUUCCUGCACAACGAGAUGGAGUGGCAGAAGAAGCUACGUAGUAUGCCAGUGUUGUACUGGUUCUCACGAAGAAUGACUCUGUGGGGCAGCAUCUCUUUCAAUCUGGCCGUUUUCAUCAACUUGAUCAUCGCCUUCUUCUACCCCUAUGACUCAGGACAAGGCGCAAUCGACUCCUCUCUGCUCUCCAUGUUAUUCUGGGGGUUCGCGGGUCUCUCCGUGAUGGGCCUGUUCUCUCAGCGUUACGGUCUGCGGCCGCUCACCGUUGCCCUCAUCCUGCGAUCCAUUUACUACUUCGGCAUCGGCCCCACCCUCAUCCUGCUAGGAACGCUCAAUCUGAUCAAUAAGAUUGUUUUCGUGGUGAGCUUCGUGGGAAACAACGGCACCUUCAUCAUGGGCUAUAAAGCCAUGGUGAUGGACAUGGAGUUCCUCUACCACCUGGGCUAUGUGCUGACCAGCACACUGGGCCUCUGCGUCCACGAGCUCUUCUACAGCAUCCUACUGUUUGACCUGAUCUACCGGGAGGAGACCCUCUUCAAUGUGAUCAAGAGCGUGACGCGUAACGGCCGCUCCAUACUGCUGACCGCUCUGCUGGCCCUCAUCCUGGUCUACCUCUUCUCCAUCGUGGGCUUCCUCUGUCUCAAGAAUGACUUCAUCAUGGAAGUCGACCGCUUGCCCCUUCCUCACGAAGUGAGUGGACAUGAGGAAGCAUCCAAGGACUUCCUGAAAUCCUGCAGUGGGGAUGGAGUUAGCUGCACUGCAGAGGACAGAGUGUCUGCCCUGUCUCAGGAGGAAGAGGACAACACCGAGCGUGCCUGUGACACUCUGCUCAUGUGCAUUGUCACGGUUUUGAACCAUGGGUUGCGGAAUGGAGGUGGAGUUGGAGAUGUACUACGCAAGCCCUCUAAAGAUGAGGCACUGUUCCCAGCACGUGUCGUGUACGACCUGCUCUUCUACUUCAUCGUCAUCAUCAUCGUCCUGAACUUGAUCUUCGGGGUGAUCAUCGACACCUUCGCUGACCUGCGCAGUGAGAAGCAGAAGAAGGAGGAGGUCCUCAAGACGACCUGCUUCAUCUGUGGCCUAGAGAGGGACAAGUUUGACAACAAGACAGUGUCCUUUGAGGAGCACAUCAAGGUGGAACACAACAUCUGGAACUACCUGUACUUCAUCGUUCUGGUGAGGGAGAAGAACAAGACGGACUACACAGGACCGGAGAGCUACGUGGCCCUCAUGAUCAAGAAUAAGAACCUGGACUGGUUCCCGCGCAUGCAGGCCAUGUCCCUGGUGGUGACGGACGGCGACGGGGAGCAGAACGAAAUGAGGAACCUGCAGGACCGCCUGACCUCCACCAUGAGGCUGGUGUCCCACCUCACCACCCAGCUGAGCGAGCUAAAGGAACAGAUGACCGAGCAGCGGAAGAGGAGACAGAGGAUGGGCUUCGUGGACGUGCAGACGGGGACGAACUCAGUGGCGCCCUCUGGAGCCGGCGGGGGGAACCACCAAAUUAUCAAAGCCUAACGUCCACCGAGCCGCCUCCUGUGUUUGUGGAAGAAACACGACUCAGCUGUGACACUAACAUUGCUAUGAUAUUGCUGAAAAGUAGAGCGAAUAUUACAGCUUAGCUGGGAGGCGACUGGCCUGAGGAAGCAGACUGUCUGAGUGAAGGCCCCCCUCUUCCCAAAAGCACCGCACCCCACUCACAGAAGAAGCGCUGGAAUAUGAUUGGACACAGAGUAGUCACAUGACAUUUCAUCACAGAGACCGACUCACAGCCACAUCUGCCAUGGAAUGUUAGUCUGUGCUCUAGCACCAGUGUCUUUAGCUCCUGUAUUGCCCGGUGCAGCUUACUGUGGAGGUGUGACACCCCUGUUUAAAUUCAGAUACUCAGGCUUGAAAGGGUCAAUAUGUUCAAGAUCUGUGUGUUUAUUUCAUUGACUAUGACACCAUUCAGCUGUGUGAAUGCUUGGCUUCCUCUUCUAAGGGGCAAUGUACUCAGUUCUACUUUUCUUCAUAUUAAACACUGGCUUUCCUAAAAAGGAGAGGGGGAUGGUCACCAUAUGCAGGACUCACUUCUUUUUCAAAA